CGACAAUGAUAUUGACGUCAACCCCUCUUCCAUCUCACCACCACCCUCACAACCAGACAGAAUCCAUACCCCUGUCGUCCAACAACUAAGCUUUCAAGUUCUAUCUCCUACCCCACCUGGCACUUAUUCCAGCCCACCGGCUCCGGUCUACUCCGAAGGAUAACAAUUACCCUCCCAUGACGCAGGAUCCCCAUCGCCCUUCCACAAUAUCGCAUAUAAACCCUACCUAAACAUCCCAGACCAGCCAGCCAGAAAACCAGAAGCAUCCAAUCUAUCUACGCCCACACAACCAUCUCACAGCCUCCAAAAAAAUCACACCCAACCACCUUUGAAUCCAAGCACACAACGAACUGGAAAAUAUGCCCUCCCAGCUUACAAACCGCGACUUCCAAUCCGCAAAGAACGUCGAGCCCCUCGACAAACACAACACCCAGUCCGAGGACGCCGCCACCCAGCCCUCCUUCUCCGGGCCGGGGGCCCACAGCUCGGCCGCGUCGACGACCAAGCCGCAUGGCAACAAGAUUCUGAACAAGCUGGAUCCGCGUUUCGAUAGCGAGAUGUUGGAGGGGCAGCAGGAAAGGGAGAGGCGGGAGGGGCCGCAUGAGUAGGGGGUAGGAGCGGGGGUUUCUUGGUCAGGUGUGCUGUGCAUGCAUACAUGCAGGUAUUACGCUGCAAGCAAAGGCUCGGACGGUAUGAUGAGGAUUUGGUCUGAAGCGAGGAUAUAAUUGUACUGUACUAUAUCACUAACAUA